GCCCCGCCCACACGCGCCUCCAAGUUCCGGCACCUCAAAACACGAGAAAGUGCACGUGCGGGAAACAGCCCGAGCUGCUCUCGGCGAGCCGAGCGGAGGUGCAGACUGAAAGAGUGGGGUAGCGCGCGGGUGUCGGCAGGUGAUCUGAGAGAAUGGCGAGUAUCGUGGAGCUGUUGAUGCAGAGCGAGCUCGUGCAGCUCGACUCUCAGACGGACGUCUUCUUCGAAACUCCUCCGCCCGACGCGAUGUUAAAGGAGCUUUCUGAAGCCGCUGUGAGCGGAAUCAGCGACUCGACCGCUGAGCCACCGCGGGCGUUCACAGACAGCGACUCUGGUGACAGCUUAUUUUUGACACAGUCUGUAGCUCCAGCACACAGGACUGUUAAAAGGUGCAACUCUUCUGAAAGACCAGGCACAGUUCCCAGAGGAGAACCUGACAAUCAUCUCAGUGAUGAGGACUUGUUCGGCAGUCCACCGAAAGUGCUGCCUUUACCAGAAAAGAGGGCUGAGGGGGGUUGCAGACAGCCACGUGAACGGCGACCAGCACCUCGUCUUAAGAGGAGAGGGUUUCCUUUACUGCAGGAGGGUUCAAAAAAACUGUCUGUCCACAAGAGCCAUACUCUGAUGAACUCUGAGAUCGGAGGGUUCUUUAAAUACUUACACAACGUGGACAGAAGACGUGGACUGAAAAGAAGAGAACUAAGAUCAGUUAGUUUGGUUUCUGAUUCGGAAGAAGGCAGCAUGGAGCAGGACCAUGAAAAUGACCAUGACGACAUCAAAAUAGUGGAUUUAGAUUGUUUUAUAUCAGACUUGUCUAAGAGAAAUAUACAAAAAUGGAUUCCACCAUCAAGACUGAAAAGGAACCGGUGCUCUAGAAUGAUUUAUAGUAAAAGCAACACAGCUCCUAAGAAGAAUAAUGGGAGGAAGAAAGAAAAAAUACAGGAUAAAAAGAAACUACAUGUAAAGAAGAACAGUUCAGUCUCUACAGGUGCUAAAGGCAAAAGAAAGACUCAAGAGAACACGGAGACUCUAGAGAUCAGCUCACUCAAUGUCAGAACAUUACGGUCACACACCAGGAAGCUGGAGAAUGGAAGCAGGACUUUCUCUUCUCCUGGAUGUUCCAGUGUUAGAUCUCUCCUCAUAGAGCAGGAGCAGCACAGCGAGAAACAGUUGAGUGUUUUAGUUGCAUGUACACAGGCAGAAUCUUUGGACUUGCAUUGCAGCAGCACUCAAAGUUGUAAAACCUUAGCACUAGAAGGAGCAAACGACGAUGGAGUGGUUGAGGAGACACAGAGGCCAGGCUCAGACCUAGCUUCAGAAGACUCUGAUAGAACACCUUCUCUGGAAAUGUUGAAUGAAGAAUUGAGAGAGAGGGAUGAAGAUUUAAUGUAUGAGAUAAGCAAUGAGAACCAUUUACAAGUCUUUGUGGGUGUAGAGACUAGUAGUCAUCCUGAUAACACUGAACAUUGUGAAUUUCAGAGGACUUCUCAGAGCUGUGUGCCACAUUUGAUUGAAUCAACUUCACCUAUUGCUGUUGAAAUCAGACAAGCAGAGGACAAAGAUCACCACAAGACACCAGCAGAUGAUAAUGUGACAUGUCCAAAAAGGAACGUUCACUUUCCUCAUCUAUCGCCAUCUGACGAUCGUUUAGGAUUCGAAGUAAAUGCUGAAUCGAGUUCAAGUGAGAAUGUCCUCAAGGGUGAAAAGGCAGAGGUGGCCAGAGGAACAGUACACAGUCAGAUGGAGGAUCCAGAACAAGUUGAGGCUACAGAAGUGAAACAGCAUUCCGAGCAGGGAGCUACUGAAUCGGUUUCAGCAACAAAAGUGAAGGAGAAGAAAAGGAAAAGGGUGCAGACUGGUGAAGAUGAUAUGGCUGUAGUUGAUGGUCAGGUAGAGACUGCUGAGGAUGUUGCAGCGAUUCAGCAUUCUGAGCUACGAUCUGUUGAAUUGAUUCCUGAAGAAAAAAUGAAUAAGAAAAGGAGUAUGGAAUGGGUUGGUGAAGAUGUGGCUGUAGAGUCCAGUCAGCUAAAGUCUACAGCACAAAUUGAGGCCGUGGAAGUCAUUCAGCAUUCUGAGAAACAAGCCACUGAAUUUGUUCCAGAGAAAAAAAGGAAAAAGAAAAAGAAGAGAGAACAGAUUGGUGAAGAUAAUGUUGCUGUAGAGACCAGUCAGCUAGAGACUACAGCAUUGAUUCUGGAUCCUGAGGUGCAAGCUACUGAAUUAGUUCCGGAGAAGAAACUAAAGAAGAAGAAAAAGAAUCGGUCUGGGGUGGUAGAAGAAAAUGUGGCUGGAGAGGCCAGUCAGGUGGAUAAUACACUGCAAAUUAAAGAUAUCGAAGUGGUUCAGCAUUCCAUACAUCAAGAUAAUGAAUCAGUUCCAGAGAAAAAAUUAGAGAAGAAAAAGAAGAGAAAACGGGUUGUUGAAAGUUAUGUAGCUUUAGCGCCUAGUCAAGUAGCCGCUACAGAGCAAGCUGAGACUCUGGAAGUGGUUCAGGAUUCUCACCAGCAAAGUUCUCAAUCGUUUCCAGAGAAAAAGAAGAAGAAGAAAAACAGAGAGCAGAUCGUUGAAGAAAACAUAGUUGUAAAGGCCAGUCAAGUAGCCACCACAGAGCAAGUUCUAGAAAUGACUCUAGACAUGAUUCAGGAUUCUGAGCCGCAAGCUACUGAAUUGGUUUCAGAGAACAAGGUAAAGAAGAAAAAGAAGUGGCUUGGGGUCAUUGAAGAAAAUGUGGCUGUAGAGGCCACUCAGAUAGAGACUACAGAGCAAACUGAAGCUCUGGAAGUGAUUAGGGAUUCUGAGCAGCAAGCUACUGAAUUGGUUCCAGAGAAAAAACGCAAGAAGAAAAAGAAGAAAGCUGAGAUUGUUCAACAAAAAGUGGUUGUAGAUAACCGUCACAUGGAGACAACACAGCAACCUGAUGCUUUGGUAGUGAUUUGGCAUUCUGAGCAGCUGGAGAAAAAACAGAAGAAGAAGAAAAAGAAAAAGGCUGUGUUUGUGGAAGAAAAUGUGGCUGUAGAUAUCAGUCUGAUAGAAACCACAGAGCAGGUUGGGGCUGUUGAAGUGAUUCGAGAUUCUGAGCAGCACAUUACUGAAUUGCUUCCAGAGAAAAAACGCAAGAAGAAAAAGCAGAAAUUUGUGAAUGUUGAAGAAAAUGUGGCUGUAGAAACCCCAGAGCAAGUCGAGGCCAUUGAAGUGAUUGAGGAUUCUGAGCUGCAAGCUCCUGAAUCAGUUCCAAAGACAAAACUGGAGAAGAAAAAGAAGAGAAAGGCUAGUCUUGAAAAUGUGGAAAUGAAGCAGGUAGCGUCUCUAGAAAUGGUUCAAGAUUGUGAGCAGAAACCCACUGACCAGAUUCCAGAGAAAAAAGUGAAAAGAAGAAAGGAAAGAACAUCUCAUGACUCUGAAGUGGCACAUGAAAGGAAGGCCAGGAAGACACCAUGGGUAGCAUCUGUGAAUGCUUCUGUAUCUAAUGGUCCUGGAUCUUUGACAAUAUCUAAUCCUUCAGUUCCUGGAAUGGAAACAAAUGUAAUCAAGCAGGAUAACAGUUCAGAGAUUAAUGAGGAGGUUGAGUACUCUUCACCCUUUCCUGGUGGAUCUGCAUUCCGAAAGAAGAAGAAAAAGAAAAGGAAAGUGAAGGAAAACGAUGCAUUGUCUUGGGUUUCUGAUGGCAUGGGUCAUAUAGAUCAAGAAGAAUUUGGACAAAGUCAUGGUCGUUCAUUACUGCAGUCAGAAGACACUGUACAGCUUAAGACCAAAAAGAAGAAGAACAAAAGAUGAGCAAAAGCUGCCACUGAUGGGAGUACAGGUUUGCAUGGUGAGGAUGCGGAGUACAUUGCGUUCCAGUAGAGCCUCAGGGGUGCUGAAUCAACAUCUUCAGAAGCAAUGGCAGAAAAGAAGAUCAAAAGGGACAAUGUUGUCUCAGGUCAGAACGUAGGCGGUGUCGGACACAUGCAAUAUGUACAUUCUUUAGACAUAACCAACUGCUCUGGAAAGAGUAGAAAGUGCACAAGAGGUUUCAAGCACACAGCUUGGCAAAGAGGCCCGUAUUCCAUCUUCAGGAGAAGGAUUAUGAUGAAUUCUUAGAAGAAAAAGAGCAAAGAGUAACAGGGUCUGUGUCUAUACCAAUAUACUGAGGCCACACUUUGAACUGAACAUCCUGCAGUGUCUGCUGAAAUAAACCACUGUUUACUGACCCAUAAUGACGUCAUUCCACAAGCCAAAUGGAGAACUUCCUUACUUAUUUUAUUUAUAACUUUACAUACAAAUUUGUGUUUUUUUUACUCUAUAGUGUAAGUUGUGAAAAAUUGUUAUAACUCAAUGGGAGCUGGUAUCAGGUUUAUUGAUAACAUUUUCUUUCUUAUAAGUAAAAUUUGUACAUACUGUUUUAUAAUAAAGUUAAUGCAUAUUUUACAUAAUUUACAGUACAGUAUCCAGACAACCCUUGAACCAAUUAAACCAGCAGUAGGGUUAUUUUCAGUGUACUGUGCCUUUGAGACCUUUUAACUUUAAUAAAGAUUUUUAAUUCCUUUAAUUGUUUAUCAUAUUUGUAGUAUAGAGCUACCCAGAAACCAGAAAUGUCAAGCUUACACACACUUCGUUUUGCAGUGGCAAGCCAGCAUCUUAUGACCACAAGUUGUGUCCACCCUGUUAUGGACAAACACAUCAUAUAUAAAUCAUGUUACAAAAGUAUUGUAGAAACUAUAUUCUCAUGGCCCCUUAAAAUAUUUUAGAGUUAAGCAUUUUGUUUUAAAUUAGUUUCUUUCCUUUCUGCAUCAGACAUUGUUGUCCCCCAAAGAAUAGCAACAGUAAACAUCUAGAACCAAAAUUGGAAUAUUUUAAAGUGAAGGUUAACAUAUAUAUUCUUAAUGAUGUGUUCAUUCAGAGUAAAGCUUAAAAAUGAACAGUUUAGAGUUAGUGUAACAGUUUUUGUUUAAACACCAUAUAUUGGGGGUCUCGAGUUUUAUCCGCAGAAGGCUGGUGUGGCUGCAGGUUUUUGUUGCAAUAAGGCAGAAGUUCACAUAAUCAGUUGUUUAAAGACUGUGACUGAAUGACUAAAUGAGUGGAAUCUGGUGUGCUCUUCUUAUUUGGAACAAAAACCUGCACCCACAGUGGCCCUUUGUGGAUACAAUUGGACACCCCUGUCAUAUAUCAUUAGAAUACAUGCAAAUAGACGUAAAUACAGUAAAAAGUAUUAAGAACUGUUGGUUAUCAGUGCCCCUAACCCCAACACACACACGCACAGUCAUUGCAUAGAUUUGUUAAAUCUACCCAAAUUAUCCAAACAGGUAUACAACUUCAAUAAUGCUGAACCUGGUUGAAAAAUGGUUUUGGAAAUGGUUGAAUAAACACACUGAAUAACAAAAUCGCUGCCUUUUAAUAUUAUUUGUAUCUCUUGUAAUAUGUGUUUUAUAUCUGCUGUGGCGACCCCUAAAGGGAGCAGCUGAAAGAAG